AUGCAUCUGACGACAAUCGAUGGCGACGAAGAUCUUCGCAUUCACAAUAUAUCAAUUCUUCCGUCCGAUCAGUGUGCAACAGAGGAUCAGAGAGCAGCAAAAUGUUGUUGUGGAGACGGGUUCUUUUUCGAUUUUCCGAGGAAAAAGUGUGAGGUAUCAGCAAACGUUGGUUUCAUGUUUGGUCGUUUAAACAAUGGUUGGUCUCACAUGGCUGUAUAUGGAUUCGCAUAUCCAAUGAUUCUUCUGAUGCUUGUCGCUCCGUUAUGUGCUGUUAUGCUGGGAAUGGGAAAAAGAGAGAAACGAGAAGGGGAUCGGCGAUUUCCAAACCCAUUGUAUCAAAUGAUCUGGCUGCUGACAUUCUGUGGUUGGCUCAGUGUUCUCUCCCCUCUUCCGUUUACUGUUUGGUACUAUUUUGUAGGUGAAGGUACAAGAUCAUUAAAUCAAUCAUUAGCAAUGUGUCAUUUAUUUCGAACAUCAAUGGAAACAAUUCCCCAUAUGACAGACACAAUGAUGACUCUUUUCUCUGUUCUUCUUGCGGCUGCUAGAUUUCUCACUCAAUACCAUCGGAACACUCUGAAACUGAGAACGGUGGAAAGGUUUUCUCGUGCCAUUUGGGUCAUUAUAUUCGUUUGUGUCACUCUCGCAAUACUUCGAUUCUUUGAACAUGACACGAAAGUUUAUCAGUUUUGUAUGGACACUGAACCAACUCCACAAUGGGCUGGCCGAUGUAUGGUUCGAGAUGGAGCACUGAUUAACAUUGUGAACAGAUCUUUCUGGAAGGAGGUAAAACAAGGCGUUCACAGAUGA